CCUCACACCGCCUCCCAGCCAAAACUUCGCCCACUUAGUCGCGCAGCUGCCCCUCCGGCAGCCGCUCUAUCGCAGGGAUAUUUUCUUUCCUCACAAUCUUGCCAAGACUACUGUGUUAGGGCUCUUCCGCUGCCAUCUCCGCAGCUUCACAGUCGUCCUCACAACACCCACAACCCUGUACCAAGAUGCCGACCUUCUUAGGGCUUGCGGUCAGCAUCCAUGCCGACAGUAAUCCGCUGCCAGAAUACUCGAUACAGAAGCAAUCUAAACAUCACCGUAUCACCUCGUACAUCCCCGUCCCACCUGCGAAGAUACCGCCUGGCGCUACCAAGCCUGAACAGUCUUCCUUCGCGAUAUCGAUAACCCUGCUCACUCCAGGUCUUCACGUGCCGUACUCUACCCCCAAGCCGACUGAAGAUGACCCCAACCCGAAGGCCAAGAUUGUCGGUGGCCUCCCUGGUCAAACCGGAGAGCGGGGCAAGUACGGUCCCACGAUAGCCCCGUACAAGCCUCUGACCACUUCGCCGAACGAGACAAUUGCUGCAUACAUAUACUUUGACGGCCGGGCGAAGGAGGAAGUAGCGACCCUGCUGCGGCGCGGCGAAGAGACGUGGGUCAACUCGCGGUGGGUCAGCGUGCCAGAGUCAGAAGGUGGGGGUCUUGCAGAGCGCGAGUUUCUCUUCCGCGAGGUUGGUCUCGAGCGAUGGCUGAACGGCCUGGAUCUCGAGGGCAAGGACAAAGAUGUGGCCGCAAAGAUUGAGCGGAGAAAGCAGCGCCUCGAAAAGAAGCGGGCAAAGCGGAGAGAGGCCAUGGACAGCAGCGACGAGGACAAGAAAGCUUCCAGUAACGGUGUAUUGCGCUACAGCGAAAGCCAGGACGCGCCCGUCGAGACGCUUUCCGGCAACGACGAGUUCUUCACCACCGACUCCGAUUCGGACGACGAGCCCCCCAUGCCCGAGGCAGCUGGACAAAUCAAGGUCGCUUUGUUCCGUGUGCUAGCGUCUGGAGAAAUCAAGCGCGGCGAGUACUCACCUCAGUUCGAUGCACACGACGACGAUGAACAAAACGGAGGAGGAGAGGGCGAAGACGUUGAUCACACAACGAGUUUCGCAAAGCCCAAGACGUUGGAUCCCAAGUCUAUCAGCACCCAAACAGUGACUGGCAUAGACCCCCCGGACAAGCCAUACGCAGUAUUCACCUUCUUGUACCGCGGAGAGCGCCAGCUGCGCAAGAUGGGCAUCUUGAACACAAAGGAGAAGCCUACAAUCACCUCGCCACAAUCGAAGCGGAAAUCCGGAGCGCUUGACUUCGGCAGCCUCAAGCCCCUGAACGCAGCCGCCGGAACCAAGAAUUUUGGUGGUUACCGAGAGACUUCACCCAAGUCUAACAAGAAGAAGGAAGACGCCAUGGACAGCGACGCAGAUGAUGAGGACGACGUCAAGGUUGAGGACGCGGAGGAUGACAAGGAGGUAUUCGACAAGGGCAUGCUAUCGCCAGAAGACGCUCAUAGACAGGGUGAGCUCGCGGAGGGUGUGCGCAAGAUCAAGCUCAAGCGUCAGCAUUCCGCAGAACCUCUAGGCCGUCCUGCAGGACCCUCUCACUCUGACUCCACUGGAUCUCCUCUUUCGGGUACACCAGCACCCGACGCCUCGUCGGCAGCUGGACCGUCAUCCCCACGCGCCACAGAUGCCUCCGCCGAGCCAAGUUCACAAAACUCUGUCGCUUCACCUUUCAAGAAGCAGCGCGCUUCAUUACCUGGCUUCGAUGACAAUGUUCGGAAGAGUCUGGGCCAGGCGCUCAUGGACGCCCACCAAGGACGAGCAAACUCCGACGGGAACAUCCCCACCAUCGAAACCAAGAUGGAGGAAGAUGAGGAGUUGUGACACAAGAAAAUUCGUUUUCAAACCGCAUUUGAUUGAGUGGAGGUUGUACUGUCCCUCGUCGUGUAACAAGCACAUCUCUGUUCGCAUUAUAACGGUCACCCACGAGUCGAAUACUGCAAUGCCACAUUUGUCCAAACCUUAAUACCUCGCGGGCACCACGGCCGGCAUCACCUUCUAGGCGCAAAUUGACAUGGAUCCUGCAAAAGUAAGGAUAUGGGGGCCUUUGGAUAAACUAGGCUUGGUGCCGGGUUAGGUUCUGGGCUGGCUGAUGAAUUCUGUACAUGAUCAUGUUUCGUAUGUUCUCUUUUGGUGUGAGCUUCG